AAUAAAUCAAAGUGACGCACCGUGAAGCCGCCAUUUGUAAAUAAAUAUAUGAUUUUAUUUUAUUUACAAUGGCACCGAAACUAAAGUUUGCCGAAGGUGAAAAAGUGUUAUGUUUUCAUGGACCUUUAAUUUACGAAGCAAAAUGUUUAAAAAGUUCAGUUACAAAGGAUAAACACGUUCGAUACCUGAUACAUUACGCAGGAUGGAAUAAAAAUUGGGACGAAUGGGUCCCUGAGAGCAGAGUGCUGAAGUACAACGAGGCUAACGUACAGCGACAGAAAGAAGUGCAAAGAGCUCACUCUGCACAGCCUGCUAAAACUAAAAAAACUCCAGCCAAGGGCCGCAAGUCAGAAGCUGCUGCAAACACCACCCCGGCUAGGGAGGAAUCUAGGGCUCCUACUCCAGCAGGCAAGGAGGCGGAGGCGGCGCCCGCGCCCGCCAAGGCCGCCAAGGCGCACAGCAAGGACGCGCCGCCCGACUCGGGCUCUGACCAGCCUAAGAAAAAGCGCGGGCGCCUGGACUUGUCCAUAGAAUCCGAAGAGCAAUACCUCGCCAAGGUCGAGGUCAAGAUCAAAAUACCCGAAGAACUGAAAGUGUGGCUCGUGGACGACUGGGACGUCAUCACAAGACAGCAGAAACUAGCCAUGCUGCCCGCUAAACUCACAGUAGAACAAAUUGUCGAUAACUACCUAGCGUUUAAGAAGUCGAGCAAGUCUCACAACCAAGCAAAAGAAUCCGUUUUAGUAGACAUAACUGAAGGAAUCAAAGAAUACUUCAAUGCAACAUUGGGAUCACAGCUGUUGUACAAAUUUGAACGGCCACAGUAUAGCGAAAUUUUACAAGAAUACCCGGACACACCGAUGGCUAAGAUAUACGGCUCUAUACAUUUAUUGAGACUGUUUUCCAAAAUGGGACCCAUGUUAGCUUAUACGGCUUUAGACGAGAAGUCAUUGCAGCAUGUACUGACUCAUAUACAGGACUUUUUAAAGUAUAUGGUUACAAAUAGAUCGACGCUUUUCAACCUGCAGGAUUAUGGGAAUGCGACGCCGGAGUAUCACAGGAAAGUGCAGUAGUUUUGUGUAGUGUUAUUGUGCUUAAACUUUAUGAAUUGUUUAAUGUAAGCGUUACUGCUGUAUUUGAUAUACUACUAGUUUUUGCUCGCGACUUUAUACACAUGAAUUCGCUUUUUCUCGUUGUCAGAAGUUCGGUAAUUGGCCCUAUCAAAGGAAAUACGUGCCAAAUUUUAUUAUUUUUUAUGUUUUGGUCGUGCAUGAUAGAUGGUCACUUAUGGUCACUCCGUACGAAACAAAAGUUUUGGGGAAUUAUUUAAACGUUGUGGAAAAGAUUUGUGUUUGUUUUUGAUCUUUUCACGAUUUUAUCACUAAAGCAAUUUAUGUACCAAGAAAAUUGAAACAAUUUAGGAGCUUUUACAAACUUUGUAACAACAAUUUGAUUCAUGUGAGUGAAGGCUUAAUAUAUUUUUUAUAAUUAUAAAUUAUAUCAGUUAGAAAAGGCAGUAAAAAUGCUUAUAUUAGAUGUUUCAUAAAGUUUCGGCUGUGGUGUAAGUUUUAAAGUUUGAUAAACUGAGUAAAGUAUGACUGUCUCUUUUUAA